AUGGAAUUCUCCUCCCUCUCAAAACCAAUUGUUGAAUCCAAUAUCUCUACGGAAGCCCUACAAAAAUACAAAGAGGAGAUAUCAACUCUUCCAAAAGAAGAUGGAUGGAGUCCCUUGAUUCAUCUUUGUUUGUACAAAGGCUUUUGGUUCUAUCCUUACUUCUUGGAAGGAGCCAUGUAUGCUCAAGAUCACUUCCAGCCGCAACCCAGUGAUAUAUUCUUGUGCAGUGCAAUGAAAACCGGCUGCACUUGGCUUAAGUCUUUGAGUUUUGCCAUUGCAACCAGAGGUCAGUAUGACGAUUCCACGAGCCCUCUCCGAACCACAGUGCCUCACGAUUGCAUUCCCUUCUUGGAAUAUGGUGAGUACUCAACUGCAGAAGGGCCAAGAAUCCCACUCGUUGCUUCACACCUUCCUUACACAUUCUUGCCUAAAUCUAUAAUAGAUUCAGGUUGUAAAAUCGUCUACCUUUGUAGAGAUCCGAAGGAUACGUUUGUUUCCAUGUGGCAUUUCUUCCGAAAGUUAGAAAAUAACAGACCAGGGGAGGGAGACCUUGUUUCCAUAGAGGAGGCCUUUGAGUUGUUCUGCAAAGGGUUGUCUUCUCAUGGACCUUACUGGGAACAUGUAUUAGGAUACUGGAAAGCAAGCUUGGAACGCCCUGACAAAAUACUAUUCUUGAAAUAUGAAGACAUGACCAAGGACACUGAAGCAUGUGUAAAGAAAUUGGCUGAGUUCUUCGACUGCCCUUUCUCCUUAGAGGAAGAAAGAAAGGGAAUAGUACAGGCAAUCAUCAAGUUUUGUAGCUUUGAGAAUUUGAGCAACCUAGACGUCAAUAAGACCGGGAAGCAAGUGAAGAAGGACGCGUUUGUUGAAAAUAGUGCAUAUUUUAGGAAGGGGAAGAUUGGAGAUUGGAGAAAUCAUUUGACUGCUGAGAUGGGUGCGCGUCUUGACAACAUCAUGAAGGAGAAGCUAAGCGGUUCAGGGUUGACCUUUUAA